GUGUGGUGACAUUUGGCAAAAUUAACGUUGAAAUCGUUCGAAAACCCCCUGCAUCCUCUAAAACUACAUUUCCCAGAGGUCUUUGCUCCUCAAUGACAACAGCCAGUCCAGGAGGAGUAAGCAGAGUCGGUUUCACUCAACAUGAGGUAUGAGUGACCAUGGCUCCGGGGGACAUGGUGCCGGAGCACGGGAAGCAGCACGCAGCACCCAGGAACAAGUGUGUGCCGCGGCCGUCAGAGGGGGACUGCGAGGCGGACGGCUCGUUCGUGUUCGAGGCUCAGGAGGCCUGGAAGGACUUUCACAACUCGCUCAGGCAGUUCUACGAGAACGGAGAGCUCUGCGACGUCACGCUCAAGGUGGGUAAUAAACUGAUUCCCUGCCACAAGCUGGUGUUGGCCUGCGUCAUCCCGUACUUCCGUGCCAUGUUCCUCUCGGACAUGGCUGAGGCCAAACAGGACCUGAUUGAGAUCCGCGACUUUGACGGUGAUGCCAUUCAGGACCUGGUGCGCUUUGCAUACUCCUCGCGUCUGACUCUGACGGUAGACAACGUGCAGCCGCUGCUGUACGCCGCCUGCAUCCUGCAGGUGGAGCUGGUGGCCCGCGCCUGCUGCGAGUACAUGAAGGCCCACUUCCACCCGUCCAACUGCCUGGCUGUGCGCACCUUCGCAGAGAGCCACAACAGGGUGGACCUGAUGGACAUGGCCGACCGCUACGCCUGCGAGCAUUUCCGCGAGGUGGUGGAGUGCGAGGACUUCCCCUGUGUGUCUCCGCAGCAUCUGAAGACGCUGCUCAGCUCCAGCGACCUGAACAUCCACUCUGAGACACAGGUGUACAACGCCGCCGUCAAGUGGCUGAAGGCCAACCCCCAGCACCAUGAGGUCUGGCUCGACCAGAUCAUGUCUCAGGUGCGUCUCCCCCUGCUCCCCGUGGACUUCCUCACCGGCACCGUGGCCAAGGAGGAGAUGAUCAAAGCCAAUCUGAACUGCAGAGACCUGCUGGACGAGGCCAGGAACUACCACCUGCACCUCAGCAACCAGAGCGUGCCUGACUUUGAGUACUCGGUCCGCACCACGCCCCGUAAACACACCGCAGGUGUGCUGUUCUGCGUCGGGGGCCGUGGUGGUUCUGGAGAUCCGUUCCGCAGUAUUGAGUGCUACUCCAUCAGUAAAAACAGCUGGUUCUUCGGCCCUGAGAUGAACAGCAGACGCAGACACGUGGGAGUCAUCUCAGUAGGAGGGAAGGUGUACGCAGUGGGUGGCCAUGACGGCAGUGAACACCUGGGCAAUAUGGAGAUGUUUGACCCCCUCACCAACAAGUGGAUGAUGAAAGCCUCCAUGAACACCAAACGGAGGGGGAUCGCACUGGCUGCUUUAGGGGGUCCUAUCUACGCUAUCGGGGGUCUGGAUGACAACUCGUGUUUCAGUGAUGUGGAGCGUUAUGAUAUAGAGUCGGACCGCUGGAGCGCCGUGGCAUCCAUGAACACUCCCAGAGGGGGAGUCGGCUCUGUGGCUCUGGGGAGUUACGUCUACGCUGUGGGAGGAAACGAUGGUGUGGCGUCUCUCUCCAGCGUGGAGCGCUUCGACCCACACCUCAACAAAUGGACUGACGUUCGAGAGAUGGGACAGCGACGCGCCGGAAACGGGGUCAGUGAGCUCAACGGCUGCCUCUACGUGGUGGGUGGGUUUGACGAUAACUCUCCUCUGAGCUCGGUGGAGCGCUUCGAUCCCAGGAUGCACCGGUGGGAGUACGUUGCUGAACUUACUACACCCAGGGGCGGAGUUGGUGUUGCCACGGUGAUGGGGCGGGUGUUUGCAGUGGGAGGCCACAACGGGAACAUCUACCUGAACACAGUGGAGGCGUUCGACCCGCGCAUGAACAGGUGGGAGUUGGUGGGGUCUGUGUCUCACUGCAGGGCGGGUGCAGGAGUUGCUGUCUGUGCCACCCACAUCAGUCAGAUCCGAGACGUGGGUCAAGGGUCCAGCAACGUGGUGGACUGCAUGUAAAGGCACGGGCAGAAGACCCCACAGCCCCAUCUGAGCCUUCAUAGACAAUCCAUACAGAACA